AUGAAUAAAAUACUACUCACCCUUUUAGGAGUUGCUGCUAUAUCUUCUAUUGGAUUAACCAUUGGAUUGAGCUUUGCUAGCUCAGAUAAUAAUCUUGAAAAAGCUGGUGGUCCUAGUCCAUUAUUGACAUUUGUUGAUAAUGCUUCUAUUGAUUUCUUAUUACAAUAGCUUGUUGGUUAACCUGUCUCAUAACAAUUUGAUUCUAUUCAUAAUUUUGUGUUGAACCAACGCAAAUUUAUAAGAGGUACUUAGAUCUUGUAAAUCUUAUCCCUAUUUAAAAAAGAUAUCAAUGUUCAAUAAAUUUCACCUAGAGAUGAAAUUAUUGCCAUCAUGAAGGCUUAUAUUGCCCCUCUUUCAACAGAAGAAGCUAUCUAAAUUAUAGAAUCAAUUGGAACAAGUAAUGGUAUUGGUUCAAGUAUAAUAAUCUCUCAAAUUUAUGAUUUAGACAACGAAUAAAAUUAAGAUAAUCUUAAUAUAGCUAUUGCUAGCUACCAAAAUGUCAUCUAAAAGCGUGUUGCUGCAAUCUAGUACUCAAAGAAUUUUUACGAAAACUUUUUAAUUACCUCUGAAGGUGCACAUGUAGGUUUUAUUGUUGACUAAUCAAAAACUAUGGAUAGAGUUGCUUACAAAACUUAGGAUGGAACUGAGGUAACUAGAUAUGAUUUACUAAAGAAUUUCUUUAAUAACAAACAAGAUAUCCUCCAAAGCUACACUGCCUUUUCUUUCUUAUUCAUGGGAUAUUAAAAUUCUAAAACAAAAUGCAUAGCCUGUGCUGUAGGAAGCUAUGAAUAAAAUAAGGCAUUCAAUUCAUACGUUUAUAAUACCUAAUUCAUCUUGGGAGAAUCUAACCUUUACUCUACAUUGAAAGAACUUCUCUCUGAUCCUUAUAGCACUUUAUCUGAUGUUUAUAUUUUUUCAGAUGGUGUUAUUACUGAAGGUAACAGAUUGGUCAAAGACUAUGUCAAAUUAAUUUCUGAUACUGAUGCACCAAGAAGAAAUAAAAUCCGUAUUAACACUGUUUCUUUCCUAGUAGGAGAUUAUGAAGACGAUAUUACUAAGUAAGAGGCUAUUUAACUUUUGCAAGGACUUACUGAUGUUACUGGUGGUACUUUCAUUCAAAUUUCUCCUUAAUAAUGA